UGGCGGCCCCUUGUGAUGCAGCCGCGUUUUGCAACCGGCAGCAUUUUCUUCAGAAGGUUCAGCUGCACAAACAUGGAAGGCCAGGCGUGGGCUCUAGCGACUUUAAAUCUGGACGAUACCGAGAGCGGCCAAGACGAACAAACAUCAAAACAGCGAAGAGAAAGUGAAGAUGGGGAGAACGCGAAAGGAUUCGCUGACCUCUCAGAGCUGCCAGUAGAGAUCACAGAGAGGAGGCCCACGUGUUCGAGGUGCAGCCGCCCACAGAAGGUCUGCUUGUGCCCUUUCCUCCCUGUUGACCCGCUGGAUGUCUCCACGUGUCUGUAUAUCGUUCAGCAUCCGGCCGAGGAAAGUCGAGUUCUGCGUACAGUUCCACUUCUGGCAGCUUGUCUUCCACCUGGAAAGUGCAAGGUUUUAGUUGGAAGGCGGUUUAGUGAAGACAGGUACCCUGAACUUGCCUCUGUCUGUCAAAGAGCAGGUACUCUGAUUUUGUAUCCUGGAUCUGAUGCUGAAAAUCUCGAAGACCUACAACUGAACUCCUCCGCAGCUCCUUAUAACAUCAUUAUCAUAGAUGGCACAUGGAGCCAGGCCAAAGAUAUGUUCUACCGGAAUUCCCUUUUCCGUCUUCCCAAACAAGUUCAGUUGAAAACUGCCCUUUCAAGUCAGUACGUAAUCCGAACUCAGCCAAAUAAUACCUGCCUUUCUACACUGGAGUGUGCAGCCAUUGCCCUUUCAAUUAUGGAAAGAAAUAGUUCUAUAGUAGAGGUAAUUUUAAAGCCACUUAGAGCUCUGUGUUCUUUCCAGCUUGAGCAUGGCGCUCAGGUCCACCAUAGUAAGGAACACCUUCUGAAAGCUGGAUUGUAUGACAAGCCAAUGCCAAGGAAUAAACGCAAACUAAAGAGAAUGGAGCUGCUAAUAAACAACGAGAAAAUUUGAUAGCUUUUUUAUUUUCCUUAAUAAUGUAUUUAUCAUGUUCAUGGUUGUACGUGUUCUGCAUAAUAACUAGAAGGAAACUGGCAAAAUGCACUGAAUUGAAAUGCUAAUGGCACAAUUUGUACUGUACAAUGCAGAAGAAUUAUGUAAAACUCAGUUCUUUUCAGAUAAGUGACCAACGGCGUAGUUUACAUACAUGUAGAUAUGAAAAAAUUACAAUAUUCCCAUUACACCAUUUUGUAAUGGAUUGAUGGAAAUAUUUUGCUCAGUUUUGUACUCUACAUUUUUAUGAUUUUUUUUUGUACUGUAAACAACAUAUUUUUAAUUCCACUUUUAUAAUUUCGAUUUUUCACUGUAAAAUGGCAGGUCACAGUCAUUAUUAGUCUCAAUAACCAGCGGAGCCACCUCUUGAUGGGGACAGCUGAUGGUACAAUGAAGCCCACCAGGAAUCAAAUGCAUAAGCCCACCUUGUGAUAUCCAAGUUGGUGACGCGUUAUAGAUAAAUUCAAUGUGUGCACAUUUAAUAAACUUUUCAGAUAUGAAAUUAACAUAUAUGAAUUGUUUAUUUAUUUUUUUUUUGCAUUUUCUCUUGGGGAAGA